CUUCGACCCGCACCGUCGCCGCUUCCACCCCUUGAUGAGACCUGUCACCAAUUGUUACCGCUCCGGACACGCGACGGCGCCGCAUGGUCCAUUGAGGGUCGAGCGGGCUUCACUUUCUCCGCGAGCAAGCAUUUUGUGUCAUUUGUUUGUCCAUCCGCAUUCGUUCGUCGUACGAGAACGAAGUACAUACGAAAGCACAUGUGCCCAUCCAUUCCUGUCUGACGCGGAUACUGUCACCUUUUUUUCCUGUUUCCUUGCCACGAGACGUCUCCUUUUGACUACGACGGCACAUGAUCAACACGGCAUCUUCGACUCCAAUCUGAUAACCCGGGGAUCUCCUGCGGCAAACUCGUGCUACCCACUCGCUUCAAUGCCGCUGUUCACGAUGGACCCCAACAUCCAGGAGUCAGAGGCCGCGGGUCGAAAGCGCAGCCACGACGAGUUUGCGGCCGACAUAGUGAAGGCGGAAGAGGGCUCUGCCGCCAAGUCGGCAUUCACAGGCACCGUCCGUCCGACUGGGGAUUCCUUGCUCGCCCCCAUCUCCGGAAACCUCGUCCAAUCUUCGCCGCAUGGCUCACCCGCCCUCACAAACACGGGCAGCAGCACGCCUGUGCGGAACUCCCCUUCACCCCUCACUCCGACAAAGUCGGCAUCCGCCACCCUCCCGAAAAAGACGACGCCUUCUUCUUCACUCUCCACGACGGCCAGUGCCAAGCCCGCGGCCAAAUCCAAAAAGCUGACACCAGAGGAAAAGGCCGCUCGUGAGGCGGCUCGCGAAAAGGAAGUUGCAGAGCGCAAGAAGGAGAAAGAGCAGCAGGCGGCCUUGAAGGCCGCCGAAAAGGCCGCUGAAAAGGCCAAGCUGGACGAAGAGCGGGCGGCCAAGGCAGCCAUAAAAGCAGUUGAACAGGCAAAGCUGGAAGAGGAAAAGGCUGCUCGUGCCAAGGAGAGGGAGGAGAAGCGUAUGAAGAAGGAGGCAGAGGACCGCGUCAAAGCUGAGAAGAGGCGCCAAAAAGAAGAGGAGAAGAAACGUGCGCAGGAAGAAUUGGAAAAGAAGGAACGCCAGCAAAUGCGUCUCAACUUCUUCGUCAGUUCAAAGAAGUCGGACGACGCUCAGGGCACCAAGCCAGUUAGCCCGCAGAAGCCAGCCGUCGCCGACUCGAAGCCGCCGCGGUCCGCAUACGAGAAGCUAUUCCGACCAUUCUACGUCAGAGAGAACACCCGUCUGGCUCCAUCGGCCUCAUCCAUGGAUGAAGAGACGCGAGACGCCAAAUGUCGUAUUCUGGAUGAAUACAUCACCGGGCAACGAGUGCACGAGUGCAAGGCCGGUGCCUUUGAUUCUGUAGAACUCUUGUCUCUCCCCUGCAAGCCUCCUCGGCGCGGAAAAUUGCACCACCCGGUCAGGCACAUCAUGGAGAAGGCCUUCAAAGAGGCAGAGAAGACUGGAACCACUGGAGGUUCCGCCGAAAACACACUUGAGACCGUUCGAAAACAGCUUUCUAGGGUGCCGAUGAAGGUAAUCGCCUUCUCUCAAGACGUUCGUCCUGCAUACUACGGGACUGUCACAUUCAAACCUUUCGCGAUGGGCCCCGGAAAUAUGCACAAAUUGGCGCGCAGAACGACCGAUCGGCGCUCGCCACUGGACUACGACUAUGACUCGGAGGCCGAGUGGCAGGACGAAGAAGGCGAAGACGUCGACGUCGACGAUGAUGACGAGGACCUGGACGACGAGGAUGACAUGGACGGAUUUCUCGAUGAUUCCGAGGACGCUGGGCUCGCGCGACGAAUCUUUGCGAACACCAUGGAGCCCGAGAGUACUGGUCUCUGUUUUGAAGACCACAAUCGACUUGGACCGAACCGGGCCGUGUACGAGCACAAAAUGGAGUUUAUUCACGAGGGCCUCUCGCAUACUUGGGGUAUUGACCCUUGGUCGGGCCAGUACUGGGAGACCGAACAAAAGAGCAAGGCUGGCAAAGGCACGCAGCCGGGCGAGGGUCCGGGUAAAAUGGCCCCUCCACCCACCCCAGCGAACGCUUUCGCAGCCCUCGGAGCAAACAGCGGCGCAGCCCCCGGUCCCGUGAAAUUGGUCAAGUCUGAGCUUUUGAACGAUGUCAAGCGAGCAAUUCUCGAUAACAAGGCACUCUCAAAGGCUGGUACGAUCGACUUCAUCUUCCACCAGCUUCGCGGCAACGUGUCUCGCGCCGAAGUGAAGAAUACGGUUGAGUUGGUCGCAGAGAAGACAGGGACAGGCCGAACCAAGGAAUGGAGUCUGAGGCCUGGUCACGAAAUCAGUCUGUAGAGUUAGAGGGUGGGAGAAGCGGACUGGAGACGAUAAUACCUUGACGGGAAACGAUGCUAUUUAGCGUUGGCGCGAGGGUUGGCAUUGACAUUGACUGGGGUGCCUGGUGCCAAACAAGCAUCUUCAACGUAUUGCUCGGCAUGGAACAACUAACGCCAGAUAGGCUCAUACGUAAAAUAGCAACUAGAUAUUUUCUGGAC